AUGUCAAUCCCGCCCCGCUCUUCGCGCCCGCACGCGCACAUCCAGUUCCUCUCGCGCGCGCUGCUGCUGCUUCCUUUCGCCGCCGUGUCACAUCUCUCCGCGCUGCGCUCCAUUCCUCCCCACCCCUCCCACAGCCUUUCCUCGAUUCCGCGACCGCGCGGCUGUUACUCGCACCUGUCUUCUCCCGCGCCUUAUAUCGCGUACGCCGCCAUGACUGCGCGAUCAAGGCUCGGCGCGCUGUACCGCCCGCUACUAGCUAGCGCGACGCCUCGUCUGCUGCCCACGAGUGCCACCGCCCCACCCGCUUUAAGCGGUGCUGUGGUAGGAACAGUUACCGAAUCUACGUGUAACGGGCGAGCUCAUAGCGGGGAUGGCGGCGCAAUCUCUUUCCAACCUGCGGCGGCGCGCCCGCACCAAUCCUAUGAGUCCCACCACCACCGUCACCACCAUCCCCAGCACUCCCACCAGCAGCAGCAGCAGCACUACCAGCAGCAGCAACAGCGAAGGGGUCUGGCGGCCGUGCCAUCAAGAAUCAAUCUAGCAGCAGCGCCGUCCGCGGUUGCGGGGGUAGCCGCGCCUUCCGCCGUUGCGCGGGCAGCGGAGCCGUCGAAUUUCAACAUGCUGGAAGGCGCGGCGGAGAGCAUCGGGUGGCGAAGGGGUUUUGCGAGCACGCCGUCGGGCAUUGCGCGGGCAGCGGCAGCGGAGCCGUCUAACUUCAACGUGCUGGAAGGCGCAGCGGAGAGCAGCGGACGCGUGUUCAUCACCGCGUACGACGAUAAGGGCUUCACGGUGGGCGGCAGGGACCUGGAUUCGUCCAUUCUCUGUGUGGGUGACGUGGCACUCUGCUGGUCGCCCUCCUGCCUCGCUGACGUCACAUCAGACAGCCUGGCUCUAUUUCAGCUCAUUCGCCCGCAACCAGAGCUGUUGCUACUGGGCACGGGGCAGCGCAUGCAGGCAGUGCCGGGGGAGUUGAGGAAGUUUGUGAGGGCGUGUGGCAUGAAGCUCGAAGUGCUCUCCACUCGCCAUGCCAUAGCGACGCUCAAUGUGCUCAACGAGGAGGGCAGAUCCGUUGCUGCCGCACUGCUGCUGCCCUCUGCCUGA